CCAAGCCCAACAGUUGCCAGUUCAGUUAUCUUGUCCUUGGAUAUCUGAUCGUACUAGCAUAUCAUUUCGAUCAGACGGCUCGAUCAUGGCCACUCCAGGAGACUUAAUCCCCCCUUUGACUGCAGAGCUAACGCCAUCUGAGGUUUCAUUUGUAUAUGCCGUGGUAACUUUCGGUAUAGGAGUUCUUCUGUUGGGUUUUACCGAUUUCAAUGAAGGGCCGCGAGGGCCAUCAGGAAUUACGGGAGUUACCGGUCCUACCAGAAGUACAGGAUUAACUGGAUUAACUGGGCCAACAGGAUCAACUGGUACAACUGGAUCAAAGGGAUUAAAAGGAGAAACAGGACAAACUGGAUACGGUGAAACUGGUGCAGUCGGUCCAACAGGUUCAACUGGUUCUACUUUUCAAAAAGGGUCAAUUGGAUUAAAGGGUGAAACUGGUGCUACCGGAGCUGCCGGAGCCACCGGUCAAACCGGUCAAACCGGUCAAACUGGUGAAAGCGGCACUUUUUAAGCAUGCAAACCUACAUUGUGUGGGGGAGACGGAAUAAUUGAAGGUCUUUCAAUAAAGAAAUUUUCAAAUUU